UACAGAUAUUAAGCAGCAGAAGAAGAGAGCUAGUUUAUAUCCCAAGCUAGCUAGCUACACUGUAGCUACCUCGAUUCCUGUCUGUGGCGAAUUGGAAGAAAACGGACCCAAAGGAGGACGCCGUCGCUGGGUCACCGCUAUGCCGAGAGUCGCCGUCACGUACGGUUCCGUGAACUCGCCCCUCGGCCCGUCAUAAAGUGGACCGGGCGCGCGUUUCGCUGGACGAUUCGCCUGAAUCAGUGGCUGAAGCGGCCCCGAGUCCGCGGCGCUUGGGUGAACGACAACCGGGGGAUUGUGACGCUCUCGCAGAGAGGGAGAGAGACAGAGCACCGAGCCCCGGGCGGCCAGUUUGCCCCCAUACGAUUCACUGCACCCGCACACCCCUUCUCCUCCGGUCCCCUGAACAUGUCACACACCGGACCCCCUCCUCGGUGGCGGAAUUGUCCCAGAAGAGGGCAACCUGUGGCGGCUAAAUUCCUGCCGAUGAAAACAAUGUUGGGUCCCAGAUACGAUGACCAAGUCGCAGAGGAGUGCCGGUUUCACCCGGACAUGUUGUUCAACUUCUUAAAAAGUCUCAAAGUGAAGAUGGGUUUGCUUGUGGACUUGACGAACACUACCCGCUUUUAUGACCGCAACGACAUAGAGAAAGAAGGCAUAACAUACGUGAAGCUUCCGUGUAAAGGCCAUGGAGAAUGCCCUUCGAAAGAGAUGACCGCGAAGUUCAUCAGACUCUGCGAACACUUCAUUGAGAAGAAUCCCACAGAGUUGAUAGGUGUUCACUGCACGCAUGGCUUCAACAGGACAGGAUUUCUGAUCUGUGCAUACCUGGUGGAGAAGAUGGACUGGAGCGUCGAGGCAGCUGUGGCCGCUUUCACCCAGUCCCGGGCCCCGGGGAUCUACAAGGCAGACUACCUCAAAGAGCUUUUCCGUCGCUAUGGCGACGAAGAGGACGCGCCCCCGGCCCCUGCGCUGCCUGAGUGGUGCUUCGAAGACGGUGACGACGGCGAGGUGGAUGACGACGGCAACGCGGUCGGCCCGGAGUCGGGCCCCAGCUCCUCGGGGUCGGCGGCGCCCGGCAGGCGAAAGAAAGAGAAGCUAAAACUGGGUGCAGUAUUCCUCGAAGGCAUCACGGUGAAAGGCGUUACACAGAUCACCACGCAACCCAAACUAGGCGAGAUCCAAAGAAUGUGUCAGGAGAUGGCGGAGUGGGACAGGUCUGGUUUUCCCGGUGCUCAGCCCGUGUCCAUGGACCGACAGAAUCUCCGCUUCCUGGAACAGAAUCCAUACAAAGUCAGCUGGAAAGCUGACGGCACACGGUACAUGAUGUUGAUCAAUGGGAAAAAUGAAGUGUUCAUGAUCGACAGAGACAACAGUAUUUUCCACAUAGCAAAUCUAGAGUUUCCCGCACGGAAGACUCCACGUGUCCACCUAUCGAAUACUCUACUGGACGGGGAGAUGAUCAUCGACAAGGUGAACGGUCAGCCCGUCCCCCGUUAUUUGAUAUACGACAUCAUCAAAUUCAGCGGACAGCCUGUGGGCCAGUGUGAUUUCAAUAUCAGGCUGCUAUGCAUCGAAAAGGAGAUAAUUUCUCCACGGAUGGAAAAGAUGAAGAUCGGACAGAUUGACAAAACCAAGGAACCUUUCAGUGUCCGGAAUAAGCCCUUCUUUGACAUCCAUGCGUCACGAAAGCUAGUGGAAGGCAGCUUCACAUCCCAGGUCAGCCACGAAGUUGACGGGCUUAUCUUCCAGCCAUGCGGGAGAUACAAGCCCGGGAGGUGUGAUGAAAUCCUCAAGUGGAAGCCCCCCAAUCUCAACUCCGUGGACUUUCGCCUCAAGAUCACCAAAGUUGGUGGAGAAGGGAUGCUCCCACAGACCGUCGGCUUGCUCUACGUCGGCAGCUACGACAGGCCCUUUGCAAAGAUGAAGGCCACGAAGGAGCUGAAGUUGUACGACAACAAGAUCAUCGAGUGCACCUUCGCCAGCAACAGCUGGGUGUUCAUGAGGCAGCGGGUGGACAAGAGCUUCCCCAACUCCUACGAGACGGCCAUGGCUGUGUGCAAAAGCAUCCAGGAGCCCGUCACUAAGGAGAUCCUGCUGGAGUUCCUGGACCGCUGCGCCCAGGCAGUCCAGGCCCAGAACCCCAGGAAACACCCGCCAGACCCAGACGCCCAGCUAAUGCCCCCUCCCCCUCCAAAGAGACCCAACCGAGCCAUCCCGUAGCCAGCAGCCGGGGGCCCUCUGGACUGCUCCACAGUCACUGUGUACAUCCACGUCACCAGCCACACACCCCCCCCUCCUCCCCCUCCCCCUCCCCCCGACGGAACAAACGGACGUUUCAAGGCUUUCGUACCCAUCUGCACAUUCGCUUCAUUAGAAACCUUUUCAUCGACCGCCCCCGCGUCAUCCAUUUACCCUGUAGACUUCUUUGUAGCUUUAAUUGCUGGUGUUCUUAUUAAAAUGAAAAAAAAAAAAAACAUGAAGUUUAGUUUAUUUUUUAUUUGGUUUUUUUUUUCUAUUUAUCUUUUUUAAAAUCUGAGCUAAUUGGUAUUUAUCCACGGGGACAUUGUUAUGGCUACGGAAUAACACCUGCCCGACGCAGAAGUCCUUGUUUGUGUUUUUGUCGACCAGAUCCUUGAUUUGUAUUGAAUGAGGAGUAAACGUAGUCAAAGCUC